AUGGAUGACUUCUUACGAGCUGGAGAACGUACUACACAAAAUGCUCGCGGCGCACCUGACGUCUUAUCUUUAAAAGAAAAGGACCCCGGUCAGUGGAGAACCUCCCGUACAAUACUCCUUCAUAAGAACAGCGAUUGGGGAUCUUCAAAACUAUCGUCCAAUAUGCCUGCUGAGCGUGCUUUAAAUGCUCUUCACGAAGAUUAUUCCCGCUCGAACAUCACACUGGAUGAAACCCAACCUGCGAAAUAA